GGGGAAGCGGAGCCAGACAGUGACGGAUCUGAUCACUGGAACACGCUCACCUGGCCUGCACCUGGAAGGCACCAUGGAGAGAGGGAUGCAGCCGGCAGACGAAGGGCCGUUCCGGCAGCAGCAGCGCGCUCCUCACUCCAGCCUCAAGCCCUUCCAGAGCCGCCGCUCCGCCGACAAGUGUCGUUUUGACAGGUUCUCUCCGACAGAAGUGCCACUGUUUGGAGACGGACGUCACUUGUCGUUUCAGCCCGGGCAUCCUUAUCCCCACCAGCAGCAGCAGCAGCAGCAGCAGAGCAUCAGCAGCAGCGAGCAGCAGGGCUUCCCCGGUGACAGCAGGCCCAGCAGCCGGGUCCCCACUUCCACCUCCGCGGUGGUGGCGGCGACGCUCGGUUCCCUGCAGAGGCGCACCAGCGGCGGCGCGGCGGAGCUCCGCUUCUCCCCUGGCAGAGCCGGUGUGAACCAAGACUCUCCUGACUGCACGUACACUAUCAGCUCAGAGAACCGACUCAUCUUAGAUGCCUUCGCGCAGCAGUGCAGCCGAGUCCUUGGUCUUCUCAACAAUGGCCGGCUGCUGGGUCCGUCGUCAGCCUCCAACAUCAAACUAGAGGGCCAGUUCACAGAGGAUGCGGGGCCUCACGGCUCCUCCAUGGAAGUCUCCAAACACAGAGAGAGCUCCUCUGGCUCAGAUCAACAGGAGGAGGCCCAGCCAAGCCACCUGAACCAACAGCAGACUUCUGCCAUUCUCCAAAUCUUCACAGACUCCCUGCAAAACUAUCUCCUUUCAGGGACUCAGCAGCGGGUGGCGGCAGGGCCUGAAAAUGGGCCCUGUCAGUCAGUAGAGCCUGGUUCAGGGGUGUCUCCUCAAAGACACAAUCUUGGAGGUUGGGGCUCCCCGACCCCGUCCGACUCUUAUGGCCACCCUUCUUCGACGUUUCCAGAAGAGGAAGAGGAGGAGGAAAGCUGCUGUCCACGCUGCCUGGAGCUGGAGCAGGAAGUUCUGUCUCUGCAGCAGGAGAACGAGGAACUCCGGAACAAGCUGGAGAACAUCCCAGUUCCCUGCCAGAAUGUGCUCGACUACUUCAGGACUAUUCUUGAGUUUCAUAAUCAACUUGCGGCACCAGUGCCAGAGGAGCAGUUCACAGAGGAGGAAGAACAACAAACUGUGUUUGAGUCUCGGUCCUCACCUGUGCAGGGAAGCAAGCAGCUUCUGGAGAACUACCCUCUCUUCAUCACCAACAAACAAUGGGAUGAGGCCGUCAACUCUUCCAAGAAAGAUGGCCGACGGCUGCUGCGCUACCUGAUCCGCUACGUUUUCACCACCGACGAGCUCAAGUUCUCCUGCGGUCUGGGCAAACGGAAACGCUCGGCCCACUCCGCUGAGCCGGGCCUGGAGAGACGGCCGCUCAACCCGGUCAAAGUCAGCUGCCUCAGAGAGUUCAUCCGGAUGCACUGUGCCUCUAACCCAGACUGGUGGAUGCCGUCAGAGGAGCAGAUCAACAAGGUCUUUAGCGACGCAGUGGGCCACGCCCGCCAGGGCCGCGCUGUCGCCACCUUCCUGUGCAGCAGCGGCAGCAGCACCAGCAGCCUCUACAUGGACAGCUACGAAGGACACCUGUCACAGGAUGAGCUCUUUCAAAAAGGCUGCCUGAACGGACAGUCUGACGAAAACGAGGUCUAGGACGAGUCGCGAGCUAUUCCAAAACACACCGACCAAAUCGACAUUCCAUGGAACUAAUGUUUUGACCCGAGAAAUGUUUUUUGUGUUCCACUGUUAGUCUGGCAUUUAGGGUCGCUAAAAUUAUACCUCAACUAUGUAAAUGAAAACGUCGCGCUUUUCUAAAGGUUCGUCUCCAGAAACCCAUUUGAAUUGAAUUUGAAUCUCAGAAUAAGUUUAACUUAACCUGCUUUCCACCAAGAGUUGUUUUUUUUUACAUGCUUCCAAAGGAACAGUUAAAUACAGAUGAUAGUUCAAUCAGAUAUGAUGCUUCACCUUUUCCACAUUUUUUUUCUCGACUGUCUCAUUCCAAAUGGAUUGAAGUGAGGUGUUUCUUCACUCAAAUCUCUACACACAGUUCUGACAAGGUGAAAAAGGUUUCCUGUCAAGAUGAACCAUCACUCCAGAGUGAAGUCGGAAGCACCCCGGGAAAGGUUUUUAUUCGAGAUGCUGCAUUUAUCGCUCCAUCUGCUCUGACUGGUCUCCCACUUCAGGCGGCUGAAAAGCAGCUCUGGAUCCACAUGGCUGACUGAGGCUGCGACCACUCAGUUUUAGCUCGAGCAAGGCUCCAAAUUUCUCCCAUUCAUACUGGACGCCACCAUGCUACAGUAUACCCGUCCACAGAUGAGUGCCUUGAGACAAGCUGUGGAAACAUCUCAGGGAUGAUCAGUUUACUCAAUUCAUAAACAUGAAAAUAAAAUAAAAUGAGGACUGUGCGUAGAAUUAACAGGAACACAAUGACUUGAUUCCAAUUUAUCAAAAAUGUGGAAAAAGUGAAUCACACAGUACAUACUCUUACAUACUUUUAUUUUUUUUACCAUUUAUUUUUAAUCACCAAGUCGACUCAUUUUUAAUUUAAGCAUCUACUGUAUUCUCUACAGAAAUGCCUUAAACCUAAUGAACAACUUCUGACAAGUCACUUCCCAACUCAACUCAACAUUUAUUAGCCUUAUUUUCUCACACAAACGGCACUUUCAUAACAUAAAUAAACAUAAAUUGACUUAGUCAGAUGCUCAAUUCCUAUGUAUUUAUUUGGUCCAUCAGUUCCCAUGUUUCCAAACGUGCCGGAUCUUAGAGGCCUGUUGUCGUGUCAAACUAUUGUAAGUGUGUAAUAAAGUUCAUUGUGAGUGUCCGCUCUUAAAAAAAGCCAAGUAGAAAAGUGCCGCAGAAACCUCCCGCUGCUGGAUUCUGUUGUCGUGUCCUGUUCUGAAUGUUUGUAUUUGCCCACCAGGUGACUGUAACCAACACUGUGAAGCAUCAGUCUGUUCUUUUAUAUAUCAGCGUCUCCAUUUUUAUAAUAAAGCAAACCGCUUGAA